GAAGGGCAAAGCCCCUGGGUUCCCAGAUAUCCAUAGUCAUGCCACACUGGCAGGGUGGGCAGGCUCUGCCCUGGGCCUUGCUUCUGCUUCUCUUAGGUUCCCAGUUCCGGGUCACUCAUGGGUCAAGAUCCGAAGAGGAAGCAGAGAGUGAUAACCAAAAAGCCAUGCAGAGCUACUUCCUUGCUACUGUGGAGUAUGCCUUACACAUAUUCAACUUGCAGAGCAAUGACACGAAGGCCUACAGGCUGGUGCGCAUCCUGAAUUCCAGGAGGGAGCUGUUGAUGGAGAAGAACACAAUGGCAUUCUCCAUGGAGUUGCAGCUUAGAAGAACAAGAUGUGGGAAAUUUGAUGAAGACAUUGACAACUGUCCCUUUCAAGCAAGUUCAGGGCAGAACAAUAUCAUCACCUGCUUCUUCAUCAUCAGCACUGAGCCCUGGAACACAAUGUUCGAACUCUGGAACAAGACCUGCUUAGAGGGACACUUGCGUGGCUCAGUUGGUUAA